AAAGCCGCAAAACCGAUUAGCCCAAAGGGAAAGGCAGACCCUAAACAACAAACCGAACCAGCCCACCAAUAAGAAAAGAAUUCUCCCGAGAAUCAAACCAAUUGCCCACCACCACCACCCGUUUCCUCUCUCGACUAUCUUCUCCUGCUUCUUCUUCCCCAAAACUCUCGUGUUCCUUCCAUUUCCAUUUCCAUUUCAGCUGAUCCCAAAUUCCGUAAUAGACCAAUCAACCCCACCUCCCCCUUUUGCUUCAUUCUGAUUCCUUCCUCUGGUGUUGCAUUUACUUUGCUUUUUACUCCCCGCACAUGGGGUAGAUAGCAGACGGAGGUAACUGGGUAUCGAAGAUAUUGAUGGAGUGGGACAGCAGCAAUUCGGAUCUGAGCGGCGACGAGGAGGAAGAAGGCAGCUUCAACCUCCACGAUGGCGUUGGUCCAAUCCCUUUCCCCGUCGAGAGCUUGCUUCAAACCGCGCCUUGUGGGUUCGUGGUCACGGAUGCUCUCGAGCCUGACCAUCCUAUCAUCUACGUGAAUACCGUAUUCGAGAUGGUUACUGGGUAUCGCGCCGAGGAAGUGCUCGGCCGCAACUGCCGCUUCUUGCAAUGCAGAGGACCAUUUGCCAAAAGGAGGCACCCAUUAGUUGACUCGACUGUGAUCUCAGAAAUAAGGCGGUGCCUUGACAAAUGCAUCGAAUUCCAAGGCGAGCUGUUGAACUUCAGAAAAGAUGGGUCCCCCUUAAUGAACAGGUUGCGCCUCACUCCCAUAUAUGGUGAGGAUGACAUAAUCACUCACGUUAUCGCGAUUCAGUUCUUCACCGAAGCAGCAAACAUCGACCUCGGUCCAGUACCCGGUUCGAUCAGGGACUCGGCCAAACUAAAUGACCGCCUUGGUUCUCGUCUCUCCACGUACCGCCCCACUGAUCGAUCAGUUUGCCUUAGUGGUCUCUAUGGCAUGCUGCAGCUGAGCGACGAGGUCAUAUCUUUGAAGAUUCUCUCCCGGUUAACCCCAAGAGAUAUUGCGUCGGUUGGUUCAGUCUCUCGACGAUUCUACGAGCUGACCAAGAACGAGGAUCUCUGGAGAAUGGUCUGUCAGAAUGCAUGGGGUAGCGAGACAACUCGAAUUCUGGAAGCUGUGCCAGGUGCUAAACGACUCGGGUGGGGUCGGCUUGCCCGGGAACUAACCACCCUUGAAGCAGCCGCAUGGAGAAAGGUUACAGUUGGUGGUUCUGUCGAGCCUUCACGCUGCAAUUUCAGUGCAUGCGCAGUGGGGAACCGGGUGGUCCUUUUCGGUGGGGAAGGUGUCAACAUGCAGCCUAUGAAUGACACAUUCGUGUUAGAUCUCAAUGCCAGCAACCCAGAGUGGGAACACGUCCAUGUUAGCUCCCCUCCUCCUGGGCGGUGGGGCCACACGAUAUCUUGCGUCGACGGGUCUAAUUUAGUAGUCUUCGGAGGCUGCGGAGGGCAGGGCUUGCUCAACGAUGUCUUUGUGUUGGAUUUGGACGCCAAGCCACCAACUUGGCGGGAGAUCUCAGGGCUAGCUCCACCGCUGCCACGAUCAUGGCACAGUUCGUGCACCCUUGAUGGCACAAAGCUGAUCGUCUCUGGCGGGUGCGCUGACUCAGGAGUUCUCCUCAGCGACACAUUUCUUCUAGACCUCGCGAUGGAGAAGCCGAUUUGGAGAGAGAUACCAGCUGCGUGGACCCCACCUUCUCGAUUGGGCCACACACUAUCAGUCUACGGAGGAAGGAAGAUAUUGAUGUUCGGCGGUCUGGCAAAGAGUGGGCCCCUCAGGUUUCGUUCCAGCGAUGUGUUCACAAUGGAUUUGAGCGAGGAUGAGCCGUGUUGGAGAUGCGUGACAGGUAGUGGGAUGCCUGGCGCAGGGAACCCGGGAGGGGUGGCACCUCCUCCUAGACUUGACCACGUAGCAGUCAGUCUUCCCGGUGGGAGGAUCCUUAUCUUUGGAGGCUCCGUUGCGGGCCUUCAUUCAGCUUCCCAGCUUUAUCUGCUAGAUCCAACGGAGGAGAAACCAACAUGGAGGAUUCUGAAUGUGCCAGGAAGGCCACCAAGGUUUGCAUGGGGGCAUAGUACGUGUGUGGUUGGAGGAACGAGGGCUAUUGUGCUCGGUGGUCAGACCGGGGAGGAAUGGAUGCUGAGUGAGCUGCAUGAGCUGUCAUUAGCAAGUUCAGUGAUUUAAUGCAGACUGCAGGAACAAGGUAUGUACAUGCAGGAAUAAUCGAUCGAGGAAGAAUAUGUAUUGGUCAUAGCGUGUUGAAUACUCAGGGUUGCAGAAAAGGGUUCCAAGUUGAUGACUUUGGUAUCUGAGUUCAGUGAUAUUUCUCGUGAUUGACAGAGGAAAAGAUGGAUAGUGGCUGUGUAGUCAAAAGGAUUUUUGUGGGUUUGUCUGGAAAUGAAUGCCUCGUGCAUUCUGUUGUAUGAAAGAGCUUGUGCGGUAUUUAAGUGAAUUCCAGGUCUGGGUUUAGGGAGUUUAGAAGGGAGGGGUUGGGGGUAGGGAGUGAUAGAUGUAUCAAUAUAUGUGUAGGAAGAAGAAAUGGAGGAAGUCUCUUCUUUUUGCUUUUUUAUUUUUAUUUUUUUGUUUCUGUUUCUGUUUUUGCUUUUGUUCCUAUUCUUCUGCUUCUUCUUUGUUUAUGUAACCUCCUGCCUCUUGGGUUCUCUUUUUUCUUUGUAAACUUUUAGUUAGUAGUUCUUUGAUGUGGUCUCUGAUCUGAUCAUCUGAACCAAAAGAAAACAAAAGGGUACAAAGUAAAACUGCAAAAGUGAAUGCCUUUAUACGAAGAAAUAACUUGGAGGCUCUAAUUUUGCUACCUCUGGUGUCGAAUGUUAUUGGUAUCAGGUUGCAGUUUGGAUUCUCUUGGAUCAGAUAUUGCACCUCUUGUUGUGACUUAUGUUUGCAGAGAGUAGAUUAUGAAUGGUUUUUGUAUAUAUAAUAUGUUACCCGGAUGGUUUGCUUAUGAUGGUUGCUGAUCUCAUUUUUACUCAUAAUUUACA